UCUUCGGACCUAAUCGACAUCAUAGCGACAAAUCUAUUUUAUUAUCAUACUGGAGUCGAAAUUUUCGUAUGGAGGUUACUCGCCGAAUCUGAAACUUAAAAGUUUUUGCAAAUUAGACAAAAUGUCAUUAAAGGAAACAUUGGUCGAUCUCGAAGAACAGUUUGAUAAAGUAAAGAAAUUAAUUGAUAAUUCCAACUCGGAUCCUGAAACAGCACCAUACACAUCAAAAUAUGCUGCUAGAGAACAUUUACAAUCAAUGAAUACUCUUCUGGAUAAAGUAAAAUCUCAAAAUGAGGCAAAUGAUAUCCUGCAUAAUAAAAUAAUUGGGAUGCUUGGAGCUAUUCAACUACAACUUGGUACAAUUGCCCUGGAAACUGAAGAAUUAUCAUUGAGUGAUAAGCAUUAUGAUGAAUGUCUUGAAAUAAUCAAUGGCCAUACCCUCACUGUUGAAGUAGCCUCUGUCUGCUUGAAUUUAUACAUGCAAUUGGGCAUUCUCUGGGGCAGAAGACACUAUGCUAAAGGAUUAGUUUAUUUAUCACAAGCUGAAGACUUCUGCAAACAACUCAAAGAAAUUAAUAUGAUCCCCAUUGACUACUCAGACUAUUUCAAGAAUGAUUUCACUUUCAAUGAGGAAGAAGCUAAAGAAAAACUUGAGAAGGCCUACACAUUAAUAUUAUUUUAUAUUGCACAAGCAUAUGCUUCAAGCAAUCCAUUAAAAAGUGCUGUUUAUUGCCAUCAAACUCUCCAGAGACAGUUUGAUAGCAAAGACUAUGAGCAUAUUGAUUGGGCAUUGAAUACAGCCACAUUAUCACAGUUUUUCAUGGUGAGAAAUGGCUUCAAACAAGCAAAACAUCACCUAAGUGCUGCAUUAUUCAUGUUUGAUGAAUAUAAAAAGAUGGUGGAUGCUUCAGUAGAUGAGGGUGAGGAAUACGAAGCGAAAUUAGAGACUUAUCGACAUAGAUUAGGGGAUGUGAGUAGAUGUUGGAUCAAAUAUGCAUUGAAUCUGCUCACAAACUCAAAGGAAAGAUUGAUAAACACGGAAAAUAUUGAGUUGACUGCUUGUACAUGCACAGAUCUAGCUGAGAUGGAUUUAUCAGAGUUUGAAGUCACAAAAGAAGACAUGUCAAAGAUGAUUUUUCAAAAUAUGGACGUUUCUGAGUAUGAUAGUCGUGUGGGGCAUCAUUUUCUGUUAACUAUGGACGAUGCUAAGAAAGUAUUCCAUUUUGCGCAGUCAUUUGUAAAUUCCGCGAUAGAAUAUCAUACUCUCAACACACACGCGUCGGAUUAUGUCGAGAUUAUGCAAGAUUACAGUCGGUUGUAUGAUGUGUUGGCGUUUUACGCCGAAGACCCGGAUGUGCGCUGUAAAAUCUACAAAAGAUCCGCGGAUAUUUUGGAGGAUUUACAGAGCGCGAUUAACCCGCAGUAUUACAUGCGUUACUGCCGCCAGAAUUGGUAUCAUUUAGGCAGUACGUACUCGGAUAUGUUGGAUAUUAAACUGGAGAAACUAAGCGGUACCUCGCGACCCACGCAGCAUGAAAUGACUAAAGUGAAUACGCUUGUGGAAAAGACUGUUGCGAAUUUCACAAAGUUCAUCGAUAGUUUUCGAAACGCGAGUGGUGAUUUACCGAGUAAGAUUUCGGAUGGCGGGGAGAAGGUCUUCCUGUUGGCGUAUUUUCAUAUAGCAGCUAAACAGACGAAAUACGCCACGUCGGAUAGGGUUGUUUUGGCCGACCGGAUACAGAAGAGUAUAGAUGCUUAUAAGGCACUGCUGGCGUAUUGCAAGGCUAAUCCGGAUGCAGGAGAGUUGAUUCCUGCAGAACUACAGCUUGCAGACAUGAUGGUAAAAUUACUUCAAUUGAAAAUAGCGCGAAUUAAUAAUGUCGCACCGCCUCCGAUAUAAAUUGUACUGUAAAUUAAAAUAAAAUGUUAAUAUUAAAGUCGCA